AUGAACACGGCUUGGGUUGGUGCUCGCUCAUCGGCGACACCCUCACAACUGGAAGCUCUUGCUCGCGCCAUCCGCAACACACCCAUCAUCGACAACCAUGCCCAUCCUCUUCUGAAGCUCGAAGCUCUCAGCAAGCACCCUUUGCUGUCCAUCACCUCCGAAGCACAUAAUGGCGAUGCUGUCCACUCCGCCAUCCACUCCCUCCCCCAUCUCCGUGCCGUUCGACAGCUGUCUGAACUGCUCAAGUGUAACAACACAUGGGAGGCAGUGGUUGCUGCCAUUGAGCAAAAGCGCAUCGACUUCCCUUUGGAAUGGACCGCCCAGUGUCUAGAGGGAAUCGAGACACUGCUCCUCGACGAUGGGCUCGACAACGAAGAUGACGCCCAAGACAUGGUCUGGCACAAUGACUAUACCCGUACCGAAUGCAAACGUAUUGUACGCAUUGAAAAAGUGGCUGCAGAUAUCAUCAAGAAAAUUGGAAAGACAUAUGAUGCUUCGCCAAAGACCGGCAACGAUGUCCUGAAUGAUGCCUACGACGACUGGAUCGCUGCGUUCGACACCAUAGUCAACGAAGCUAUCGAUGACCCCGAUGUGGUAGCCUUCAAGUCCGUCAUCUGCUACCGUACCGGCCUGGAUAUUAAAAGCGCCGUCAAUGAAGUUGAAGCUCGCACUGCCUUUGCAGAGAUCAUUGCCAACUUUGCCCUGUUGGACUUUACCAAGCUGCAAGAGGACAAUCUGAAUGACUUGGUUGUGCAUCGUACGGCCAUGUUGAUCCGCGAUAGCCCUUCCAAGCUGAAGAAGGCUAUUCAGUUCCAUACCGGCCUGGGAGACAACGACAUCACCCUUGCCAAGUCAUCGCCAUCCCAUCUGCAGGACUUCAUUCGCGCAUACCCAACUGUGCCCAUUGUGCUCCUUCAUGCUGGGUACCCCUUUAUGAGAGAGGUUGGCUAUCUUGCCAGCGUGUAUGAGCAUGUCUAUGCCGAUAUUGGCCAAGUAUUCCCGUGCAUCAGCGAAGAUGGUCAGGAGCAGGUCUUACGACAAAUCAUCGAGCUCUGCCCCUGGUCAAAGAUCUUGUGGAGCACAGAUGGUCACUGGUUUCCCGAGACCUAUCUACUUGCCAUCACCCAAAUGCGUGAGGUGUUCACAAACGUACUGAGUAACUAUGUCCGCAAAGGACAUAUCGGAUACAAAGCCGCCAUCGAACUUGUCCGUGACAUGCUCUUCCGAAACUCCAACAAACUCUACCACCUCGACAUAGACUUUGUUGAGCUCGAUGAAGAGCCAUGUGCUGAGGUCGGACCCUACGCAAGCGACCUGGAGCUUUUCCAGCUCUUCCUAAAGGACCAACCGGCUCCUGACUUUAUCCGUAUCUGCUGGAUUGACUACACUGCAACUCCACGGAUGCGCAUGGUCCCCUUCCGCAAGUUCAUGUCCUUGUUCGAACAAGGCAAAUCAACCGACAUUUCCAUCCCAACAGCUGUAUUUGGGCUCAUUCAAAACGAUCAUCUCGUUCCGACUCUCGCUCCUACUGGGGAGUAUCGUCUGCACCCGGACUUUUCGUCGCUUCGUCCUGGUCCUACCGAAGGGCAUGUGAGCAUGUAUGGCGAGUUCCGUGAGAAAUCCGGAGCCCCCGUUGCCCUGUGCCCCCGGUCACUACUGCAGAAGGCCGUAGACUUGGGCACCGAUAACGGAUUGAGCUUCUUGCUUGGAUUCGAGAUUGAGUUCCUUCUGCUCGAAAGAGUAGAGGGUGCGGAUACCUCAGCAACACUAUCCUUGAACUCCUUAAAUCCGUUCAAACACCGCCCAUCAGAGGCCUCAGCCUCAGGCCGUUUCAGCACCUUGACCACUGAUGGCCACGCCUGGUCUGUGUCUCGCUACUUUGCCGAUCCCAAGGUUUCCAAGCUCCUGCGCGACAUGGUUCAUGCCCUCGACUCAAUGGGCAUCUACGUCGAACAACUCCAUGCCGAGUCCGCAACCGGCCAGUUCGAGCUUGUUCUUCCCCCUUACCCACCGGUUCAAGCCGUCGACACCCUUCUGCACACCCGCGACGUCAUGUUCGCCCUUGCCACUGCCGCCGGCUACAAGAUUACUCUCCACCCCAAGCCCUUCGCAACCGCAUGCGGCACCGCCUGCCAUACGCACAUGAGCAUCUCCUCCCCCGGCGGCGACAAGCCCGAGGUGUACGAGCCCUUCUACGCCGGCGUUCUCAAGCACCUCCGCGCCAUCACAGCCUUCACCUACUCCAACCCAGCCUCCUUCGAGCGUCUCAGAGACGGUGCCUGGGCCGGCGGCCGCUGGGUAACUUGGGGCACCCAGAACCGGGAAACCCCCCUCCGCAAGAUUGAGGGUUCACACUGGGAGUUCAAAGCUAUGGACGGCUUAGCCAACCCUUACUUCGCCAUGGCCGCCGUGCUGCUGUCUGGUAUCCACGGGUACAUGGAUGGGGAGAAGCUGACGUGGGGAGACUGUGAGAUUGAUCCCGCGAAGCUGACACCGAAUGAUCGGGCGGAGUUGGGCGUCAAGGACAUGUUACCUGCGAGCGUGGAGGAGGCGUUGACUGCCCUGAGGGGGGAUGAGGAGUUUGUGGGGUUUUCCGGACAGGAGGUGGUGGAGAGGUAUUGCGAUGUCAAGGAGUUUGAGAUGGAGUUCUUGGCGGAGAUGGGCGAGGAGGAGAGGAGGAAUUGGAUUAUGGAGAGAUAUUAG